GGUAGAAUUCGCUGGUGAUGCAAAACCUGCUGGUUCAUCUGGCACGUAUAGGCUCGGUGCCGUUAAACACUCGUUGCGAUAGACAACACCGUGUAUUCUUUCUUUCAGACCCUCGACCUGAAAGACAGAAAGCCGCAUUGUGGAUGAAUGGGUGCUGCGGCCGCACGAUGUGAAGGAGACAGGAUGAAGCUCGACUGAAUUUCCAAGGAUGUCUUUCAAGAAGGAGACGCCGCUUGCCAAUGCCGUGUUUUGGGCAGCCAGGAACGGAAACCUGGCCUUGCUUCAGCUGUUGUUGAACAGCGGCCGAGUGGAUGUCGACUGUAAAGAUGGUUACGGGACCACAGCUUUAAUGGUGGCAUCCUACGGUGGUCACCAUGAGUGUGUCCGCGAGCUCAUCAUGCAAGGUGCAGACAUUAACCGACAGAGAGAGACAGGUUCAACUGCCCUUUUCUUCGCUUCACAACAGGGCCAUAAUGAAAUAGUCAAGCUUCUGUUUGAAUUUGGAGCUUCGACGGAGUUUCGGACAAAGGAUGGUGGCACUGCCCUCUCUGCUGCCUGUCAGAGCGGUCACACCAAAGUGGUCGACACUCUUCUGAAGAACGGCGCUAAUGUCCACGACCAGCUAAACGAUGGAGCGACAGCAUUGUUUUUGGCCUCGCAGGAAGGUCAUGUGACCGUCUUACGUCAGCUUUUGUCUUCUGGGGCUAGAGUCAAUCAACCACGAGAGGAUGGUACAGCACCUCUCUGGAUGGCAGCCCAGAUGGGACAUGACGAAGUGGUUAAAGUCCUGCUUUUACGUGGUGCAGACCGUGACGCCGAUGGGAAGGAUGGCUCCACGGCUCUGUUCAAGGCUGCACAUAAAGGACACUGUAAAGUAAUCGAGGAGCUCCUCAAGUUCUCCCCUUCUCUCUGCCUUCUGAAUAACGGCUCCACAGCUCUUCAUGCAGCCGUCAUGGGUGGUGAUCCAAAAACAGUCACACUUUUGCUGAAGGCAAAUGCAGACCCGGCUCUACCUAACAAGAAUAAUGAACUACCGGAGGAUCUUACAAAGAAUGAUCGAAUUCUUAGGAUUCUGCGACAGCCGAUGCUGAAUGGAGGCAGUUGAUGACUGUUGUGUUUGCUCUUAGCUCCUUGUCAAGUUCAUAAAAGAUAAAUGCACUAAAGCCUCUCAGGAGAGGUGAAGAAGAACAGCCUGUCAGUAUCGUAACAGCGGAUGUUGCAAUGGUGCUUGCUUGCAGCUUCUCAAUUGAGAACAACACAAAUGCACUGAUAAACAUAUUGUCAUGUUAUAUUGAAAUAAUGUCACUAGGUUUUCUUUUAUAUGUGCUGGCAUUUAUUACAUAUGGAUAUUUGGUAGAAUGUGACAGUUUACAUUCAAUGCUGAGAUCAGUUUUGGUUAUGGUAUGGGGUCUUUUUAGCCUUAAAAAAAAGAAUUGUGAAAAAAUAGCAUGUUAACGAAGUUCAUGAAUCAGUAAGUUUUCCAAGGAAAAUGAAAUACAAACUACAGCCACAUGCAAUCAAAUGGAAAACAAAACCUAGUUAAUGUAUUACUGAGGAGACAGACUCAUGCUGUAUUUAUUCACCCUAACUCUUUGUUUACAAGUUAAAAAUCAUCCUGUUGCUUUUGUCUUUGUGAGGACAUAUGUUUGUGAAAAUAAAAAAAAAUAUGCAUCGUUUAAUAAAUACAAUGA